AUGCAACGACUUCUCAAACACUCGUGUCGAUGGUCAACUCUAUUUUAUCAUCGAGCAUUCAUUCAUGAUUCAAGUAGUACUGCUCGCAUGGGUGUACCAUUUACAUUUGACGACAGUAAAGCCCUCGAUUAUUUUAAUCAAUGGCGAAGAUCAUUUUGGUUGGCGCCUGGUGAUUGGAAAACAACAUCAGUUACAUUGACUCGACGUUUUCUACCAUGCUGGUCGUUCUCAUUGAAAGGAUCUGCAUAUGCUGAAGCUUACGUAAAACGUGGUUCAUGGUUAUUGGGUGGUACUGAAUGGCAUGCGUUAGCUGAUCAAGUUACUCUACCGAAUGUUGAUCUAUCGGAUAUAAAUGUGUAUGCAGCUCAUAAUUAUGAUCGACAACAUAUAGUUGAAAUCGAUAUGAAACUCAAUGAUACGUUACAAUCAAUUGAUGUUUCAUCGUUAAACAAUGAUAUAAUCGAAGAAUGGACAAUCGAUCGAGAUACAGCAUUUGAAAUUGGUUGGGAUCUAGUCAUAGUUAACGAAAUUCAAAAUCUCAGCAUAAAAAAUUUAACGGAACACAAAAAAGAUGAAUAUCGGAUAACAUCAAUUCGUUUUCGUACUGAAAAUGAAAUACAAAAACUAGUCUAUUUCCCUGUUUAUACUGUUGAUUAUCAAUAUGGAAAUAGGCAAUUUCAAUGUUUAAUCAAUGGUCGAACAGGAAAAGUCGCGGGAUCAAGACAAAUUUCUCGAUUAAAAAUAACAGCAAUACUUAUGGGUGUUAUUUAUCCUGCAUGUAUUAUGUCGCUAAUAUCAAUAGUAACUUUUGUGAUCUACGCUGCCACACAACGUUUUGUUGCUAUACCCAUCGGUUUACUUGCCAUUGGAUUAACCCUUCCUUUUGUUACAAUAAGUUCUUUAAUAUUCGGAAGAUAUGCUCGAGAUUAUUCUCAUCUCUAUCGAGGUAAACGUGAUAUUCGCGAAUGGCUGGAUUUUAAAAAACAAAAUCCACAUUUUUUUACUGAUAAACAUUUUGACGCACGUCAAACGUCGGAAACUUUUACUCGGCAACGAACGCAAGAAACUAAGUCAACCUAUUCAUUAGAAGUCGGUCCUGAUUUCUAUCAAAUAUUAGGUGUAAGCCGAGUCGCAUCAAAUACAGCCAUUAAACAAGCGUAUUUACUCAAAGUGAAAGAAUUCCAUCCGGAUCGAAAUGUUGGAAAUAAAGAAAUUGAAGAAAAAUUUAAAUUAAUUAAUCAAGCUUACGCAAUUCUAUCCGAUCCAGAACAAAGACAACUAUUUGAUACUUAUGGAUAUGAACAUGUAAAAUAUAAAUGA